GCGGUUGUGUUUAUUGAUUGGAGUGAACAGAGAAAGAGCAAGGCAGUACUAGACUAGUAGCGGGGCUUCUCUCCCACCAGUCACCACCACCACCGCUACUAUUUCCAUUACUGGAAACAAAAAAGUUCUUCAAAACUCAUAAAUUCCAUGCCCUUAAAUCCCCACCAUAGCUAACAUAUAUUCUCCUGCAAAUAUCUAUAUAUACCCAUCUUUGCUACAGGAAGCUAUGAGCAAGAAAUGCACAAACAGUACAUGAUUCUUGCUUGUACCUUGUAAUCAUUUCUCUGUUUCUUGUGUGUUAGUGAGAUCUAGGUUUUUAGUUAGUCGAGCAAGAAAAAGGACGUUUCUUGAGCUGAGAUCUAUGGUUUUGGCUUGUGGGUAUUGAUGGGUUUGCAGAUACAGGACCCAAAAGCUGUAUGAACUGUGCGAAACAAAGUGGUUUUGGGUAUUUUUGGGAGGUGAAAUGUGGGGUAAGUGCUGAACAGAGGAAGUGUGUUAGCAUGAAGAUUUUGGUUGAAGUGAACAACACUUGGGGGCUUGGGGGAAGAAGGGAAGGUGCGGAUGAGGCUUAAAGCGAUUGUCUUUUUUAGUAAAACCGGUUUCGGUUGAAAUCUGGGAAGUGGGUUUUCUGCUAUCUUUUGUAUUCUUAUAUGAUUUCAUAACCCUUUUAAUUUUAAGCAUUUAUUUUGAUGGCUAAUCAGUCAACUUUUUGCUUAAUUGAAGAUGGAUAUUGUUAAGGGAUGGUAGUGUGCGGAGAGAAGGGAGUGAAGCGGGGAGUAUUUUCGUGCUCUGGGUGUUUUGUUGG